CGCGAGUAAAUCAUUUAUUAUGUAAAAAGUGUUUCGCUCCCGUCGGCGACGUGAACCCCCCCCCCCCCCCCCCAACCGAGGCCCCGCCUCCGUGGUGAAACGCACCAAUCGGUGAUGGUUAUGGGGGAUGAUGGACGUCCCCGCAGCCAAUCAGAGCCAUACACCCUCUCAGCCCUGGGCGGGCCAGAACGGCUGGUCCCCCGCGUCACCUCUGGGGCCCCCCUGCGACCCCCUGGCCGGCUUCCAGCAGCUCAGCCUGAGCUCUCCCUCUGACCAGAGGCCCCGCCUCGACCACCAGGGCGGCGACCUCGCCACCUGCCCACCCUCGGGCGACACUCGCUUUACUCUCCAUCCCAUCGAUGCCGACCGGAGGGCCCGCGGUCCAGCCGAGCCCCCACGCUCCCUCCCUCUCGCGGCGGAAGGCCUCCAGCCGAUGCCAUUUUACUCCCCUCACAGCCCUCACCCAGGGACAGCCCCCCUCUUCCAGCCCCCGUACACGCACCAGGGUCCACCGGACGGGCCUCGGCGCCCUUACCAAACACACCUGCCCAUCAGCUCUCCAUCACUGGGUGCACCUGAGUCCUCGGGGGGCUUCACACACCGUCUGGCCCCGCCCACGUCUCCCGUCUCACAGCGGACCAACUCAGGAGGAACCAUCAAUGAGUUUGUUCCCAACGCCACGCCACAGGACGGGAACGCCACGCCACAGUCUCCCAGCUCUGAGUCCCGGUACGGCCUGGACCCCCAACUGCUGCCCAGCGUCGUGGAGGUGAUCGCUGAGGACGCGGCAGAGUGGGGGGGCAGGGUCUUCGUUUCAGAGCCCUUUUCCCGUCUUCCUCCUCUGGCAACGACUUCCUGUCCCGUAGAGGACCGAGGCAGCGCCAGUCCUCUCGCCAUCCGCUCGGCCUCGUACUGCAUUCCCUGUGACGGACCGACCGCCCUCCUCAGCCGCCUGCCACUAGGGGCGCUGCUCACCCCUCUGGCACAGACACAGGUGGGAGAGGGGGCGCUGCCGGUGUGCAACGAGCCAGAAUGCGUGAUGGGCUGCGGUGGGUGCGGCGCCUCCAUGUGUCCGGCGAUGGGCUGGCAGGACUGUGGUCAGAGGUUCCACUGCCCGUUCUGUGGGCGCCUCAGUGAAGUGCCGUGGCAACACUACCAGCCCACCAGAGGGGAGGAGGGCGUCCGGGUGGAUAAAGACAAGAGGCCUGAACUGAGCAGGGGGUCGUACGAGAUCCUCCACUCUCAGAGGGCUUAGCCUGCCGCUCUGCUGCUCGCCGUAGACGUGUCCGCCUCAGCGGUGAGAGGAGGACAUUUGGAGUUUGCGACGCGUCAGAUCCUGUCUCUGCUCGCCUCCCUGACGAGGGAGGGCGGCGACGCCCCGUCGGACGUCCGCGUCGGUUUGAUGACGUACGAUGGCAGGAUCCACCUGUACGACCUGAGCCCGGCGCUGUCCCGCCCACGCAUGCUGGUCAUCGCGGAGACGGAGGAGCUGCAGCUUCCUAUGAGGGAGGGGCUCCUGGUGCCCCUGAGAGAAUGCAAAGACAGUAUAGACAGUGUGUUGCGGCUUAUUCCUCAGUUGAGUCCAGAGCGUGGCGAGGCGAGUGGCGUUGCCAUGGAGCUGCCUGUCAAAGCCGGGCUCGCCGUGCUGCAGGCCCUGAGUUGUCCGGGCAAGCUGCUGAUCUUCCACUCCGCCCCUCUGAUAGAGACGGGACACGCAGACUCGUCCUCUGGGUUUUUUGGCGCCAACAAACCAAAGUCUAUCUUCCAGCCAUCGGAGCUCGCCCUCUCAUUGGCCAAGGACUGUGUCCGUCAGGGCUGCGGCGUUCAUCUGUUUGUCUUCGCCCAGCAAGACGUGGGCGGGGCUUGGCCAGGCCACAUUCCAUAUCUAACAGGCGGCGCUCUGUACACCUACAGCCACCUCCAGGGGGAGCUGGACCGAGAGCGUUUCAUCUCCGAUCUGAAGAGCGCUGUGGAGACGGACACGGCCUACAAGGCUGAGCUCAGGAUUCAUGUCAGCAAAGACAUGCGCGUGUCCGGCUGCUACGGGCUCUACGUGCCCGAGUCCGGCCCCAGCCGGGUCGCCCUGGCGACCCUUGACCCGAGGACGACGCUGGCCGUGGAGCUGGCCCACACCAGAGCUCUGGACGAGACCACAGGUGUGGCCAUACAGACUGUCCUGUCCUACAGCACCUGGACCGGCGACAGGAGGACUCGGGUCCACACCCUGACCCUGCGGUGCUCUCCUCGCCUGCAGGACACGUUCCGGCAGUACCAGGCCCAAACACUACUCGCCUUCUACUGCAAAAGAAUUUACUGCUCAGUGCUGGAGCGCCCCCUUCAGGAGCUGAGGGAGGAACUGCAGACGGAGGUGACGGAGGCGGUCGCGUCCUACCGCAAACACUGCUGCUCCACCUCUGUGUCUGCUGGACAGCUGGUGCUCCCUCAGUACCUGCGUUCGCUCCCCGUCUACAUCAACAGUCUGAGGAAGAGUGAAGUUCUGCUGCCGGGCCUCCGCAGCUCGGUCCACCGGCGGCUGCAGCUGCGCUGCCAGCUGCUCCGCAUGGACACCGCCGGCACCUGCAGCCACUUCUACCCCCUGCUGCUGCCGCUGCCGCCCUCGGUGGACCGCUCCGGCUCCCCAGACCCGGCGGCGGCGCUGCGCUGCUGCGCGGCCAGCCUGGAGCCCGGCCGUCUGUACCUGGUGCACUCGCCCCUCGCCCUGCUGCUCUGGGUGGGCUCCCAAGUCCCAGAAUGCACCCUGUUGGAGCUCUUCAAUGGCCGCUGCUUCUCCUCGCUGCCCUCGGGAGAGGUGAAGCUGCCGCUCCUCGACACCCCGCUGGCUGCCGGCGUCCGGUCCCUCGUCCGCACGCUGACCUCCGAGGCACCGAGCGCCCGCCAGCUGCUGGUGGUGAAAGAGGGCGAUGCCCACCAGGAGGUGCUGCAGCACCACCUGGUGGAGGACAAGAGUCCCAACGGAGGAGCGUCCUAUGCCGACUUCCUGUACCACCUCCACGUCAACUCAGUCCGGAUCCUGCAGUGA